GGAGACAACAAGAGGGGGAAAAUGAGACUAGUAGGACUGACAGGCGGAAUUGCAUCGGGGAAGAGUACGGUCUCCAACCUCUUCAAGGCCAAUGACAUACCCGUUGUUGACGCCGACCUCGUCGCUCGUGAUGUAUUAAAGAAAGGCACCGGUGGUUGGAAAAAGGUUGUUGCAAGUUUUGGAGAGGAGAUUUUAUUAGCUAAUGGAGAAGUGGAUAGGCCAAAACUAGGGCAAAUUGUAUUCUCUGAUCCUGGCAAGCGCCAACUUCUUAACCGGAUAUUGGCUCCUUAUAUCUCCUCUGGCAUCUUUUUUGAGAUUCUGAAGCUGUGGAUAAAGGGAUUCAAGGUUAUCGUUCUUGAUAUACCUUUGUUAUUUGAGGCCAAAAUGGAUAAGUGGACGAAGCCCAUUAUUGUUGUAUGGGUUGAUCCUGAAACACAACUUCGACGGCUUGUGGGAAGAGACGGGACAAGUGAGGAGGAUGCCAGAAAUAGGAUAAAUGCUCAGAUGCCAUUGGACAUAAAAAGGAGCAAGGCAGAUAUUGUGAUUGAUAAUAAUGGAUCACUGGAUGAUUUGAGUGAACAGUUCCGGAAAGUAUUAUUCCAGGUCACAAGACCCUUGACAUGGACUGAAUUCUGGCUUUCGAGGCAGGGAGCUUUUUCAGCUCUCGCUUCUGUUAUUGUAGGUGUUCUUAUAUGCAGAAAGACUUUUAGCAACUUAUGAUUAUCUCAAACUUAUAAAACUCAAGAUUUUUCAUUGUAAUUUAAUCUAAAACUAUUUGCGGUUCAUUCCAGCAGGUUUUAUCAAUUAGUAACUCUUGGCAUUGGAUCCUAA